AUGUCUUUCCUAACUACCCUUUGGCUUGUCGGAGCUGCCAGUGCUGGCGUGCUAGACUUGAGGCAGGCGUCGUCCUCAGAACACCCUUCAGCCACUGUCCCGGACUAUUUUCAGACAACGCCAGAGGUGUACCCAGGUCCAACGGUCACUGGCAAGCCACCCUUUCUCGCCCUGAGCAAUCCUGGACCAUGGGGUAUGAGCUACGUGCCGCCAACACCUCUUGAGACCGCCCUGCCCAUCUCUGGCAAUACCAACAACCAGAGCAUCUUCCAGCUGCUAGGGCAGCUUAGCCCGUACUUCCCGAAUCCCGUUGGCUUCGGCUCUGAUGAAUAUCCUCUCCCUCCGGGGGCGAACCUCACCCAUGCCCACAUCCUGCACCGUCAUGGCUCCCGCUAUCCGACCGGCGACUCGUCUGUCUCAACCUUCGGUAGCAAGCUUCAGAACAUCACCGGCAAUGGUACUGCAAGCUGGUCCGGAGAACUUUCCUUCCUGAACAACUGGAGAUAUCACCUUGGUGCCGAAAUCUUGGUCCCCAGAGGCCGUCAAGAGCUUUUCGACUCUGGUGUACAGUCGUAUUACAGCUAUGGUGCGCUGUACAACACCAGCACGAAAAUCAUCGCUCGCACUACCUCGCAGGACAGAAUGUUGAAGAGCGCAGAAAACUUCAUGGCUGGAUUCUUUGGCUUGGAGUGGACGAACAACGUGACCCUUGAGCCUAUUCUUGAGAUCCCUUCAGGUUCCAACAACUCUUUGGCGGGAUAUUUUGGUUGCAACAACAGCAACACCUACGUCAGUACCGGUGGCAACAAUGCAAGCCGUAUUUGGGAGAACAAAUAUCUAGCCAAUGCAACCCAGCGCUUGAAGGCCCUAUCCGGCGGCUAUAACUGGACCGUGGCUGAUACUUACAAUGCUCAAACCCUCUGUCCAUAUGAGACAGUAGCAUUUGGCUACUCCGCCUUCUGCGACCUCUUCACGUACGAAGAAUGGCAAGGCUUCGAAUAUACCAUUGACCUACAAUUUUAUGGAAACAACGGCUUUGGCUCUCCUACUGGUCGUGGAGUUGGAAUUGGUUACGUUGAAGAGAUUUAUGCCCGCCUUCAGAACCGUCUCUACGAUCUUGUACCCGGUGCGACUCAAGCCAACGUUACGCUGGACACCAUGAACAGCACUUUCCCUCUCAACCAGACCUUGUAUUUCGACUUCUCGCACGACACCAACAUCUUCAGCAUCAUCACUGCUCUGGGUCUUCGACAAUUCAACCAAUCCCUGCCAACCUCAGGACCGCCCCAAAACCAGCAAGCUACCGUAUCGCAUAUGACCCCCUUCGGCGCCCGCAUGGUCUGGGAGAUCAUCCAAACCCCAUACCCCGUCAAAGCGAAACGCCCAUCCACAAGCCCCGGCGCCAACAACACCCUAGACUCGUACUACGACACCAACGGCACCGCCACCACGUACGUCCACCUCACACUCUCGCAGCGCACCAUUCCCCUCUACAAAUCCUACCCCCAGUGUGAGGAGCGCGACGACGGCUGGUGCGAGAUCGGCACCUACCUCGACGUCCUCGGCGGCUUGCUCGACCAGGCGCAGUAUGAGUACGGCUGCUACGGCAACUACCCGAGUCCCAAGUACGGCCAGACGACGGAUGGCGUGCCCGUGAAUGGGACGAGUCAGAGCCAGCGGAAGAGGAAUGCGGGCGCGUUGGCGUUGAUUGAGAGGAGGGGGCUGGGGAGUGAUGACUUUUGGCUGUAG